GAGAGAGAGAGAGAGAGAGAGAGAGAGAGAGAGAGAGAGAGAGAGAGAGAGAGAGAGGAGAGAAGAGCCAGAGCGCCAGUGAAGGGCUGGGGAAAGGGAUGGACAACCUAGUAUAACGGUCUAGGGAGCCAUUCGGAAUCAAGCCGAGGGGCUGCCUGGCUGCAGAAGGGAGAAAGAAAGAGGGUCUAUUUCAGAGCGCCAAGUGCCGACCUACCCCAAGCGAGAGAGUCUAAGUGGGGGAGAGACCAGGAGAGGUGGGAAAAGGGUAGGAGUCCAAGGAAAGCCCUUCGCAUCCCCCUUAGGAAUAAAACUCCCCCGCCAGCGGUCCCAGGGGGUGAAAGCCACGGCGGCGGCCGCCGGUCGUCUGUUGCCGGGUUGGCGUUUGGAGCGAGAGCAGAAGGAGGAGCAGGAGAAGGAGGGAGCUGGAGGCUGGACGCGUUGGCCAGCGACGGCGGCAGCAACGUGGAGUAACCGGGCGGGUCGGCGCGCUCCGGCCGGGGUGCAGGCCACCGCGCGCGGCUCCCGGAGCAGGAUCCUCGCCGCCGGAGCCGAGCGCGUCCCGAGCGCCGAGCGCAGCGCAGCCGCCUCCCCGCGGCGCGCCGGGCUCGCCCCCAGCGCGCGCACACGCGCGCACACACUCACACACUCACACACGUGUGCGCUCCUCCGCUCCCCAGCUGCGGCUGCUCCUGCUCUCAGCGCCGCAGUGGACCGCAGGGCCCCGCCGCUCCUGCUUUAAACAUAUAAAUUACAGCCGCGCGGCCCCCUCGCUGCGCUCCCGGCGCCCCUCCCGUCCGCCCGCCAGCUGCCAGCCCCGGGACCUUUUCAUCUCUUCCCUUUUGGCCGGAGGAGCCGAGUUCAGAUCCGCCACUCCGCACCCGAAACUGACACACUGAACUCAGUUUCCUCCUCUUAAAUUUAUUUCUGCUUAAUAGCCACUCGUCUCUUUUCCCCCUCAUCUCGUCGCUCCAAGAAACCUUUUUCUUACUCCCCCAAGUGAGGGUUCCCCCUGCCCAUCGUGUAUUCAAUAUUUCCACUUUGGGAACUACUGGCAUUUUCUUUUUAAAGGAAUUCGAGCAAGAUACCUUUUUCUAUUGGACAUUGACUCUAUUGUUUGCAAAAAGUUUCACAUUAAAAAAAAAACAACCAAAAACAAAAAACCAAACUACCUGAUUUGUACUUUGAGAGUGGUUGAUUUCUUUCUUUUUUUUUUUUUGUACUGUUGUUUUUUUGGUUUUUUUUUUACAAUUUUUUUUUUAAACUUUUUCCAUCUUAAAAAAAAAAAAAUGCACUACUGUGUGCUGAGCGCUUUUCUGCUCCUGCAUCUGGUCACCGCCGCGCUCUGCCUGUCUACCUGCAGCACGCUCGAUAUGGACCAGUUCAUGCGCAAGAGGAUCGAGGCAAUCCGCGGGCAGAUCCUGAGCAAGCUGAAGCUCACCAGCCCCCCAGAAGACUACCCCGAACCCGAGGACGUCCCACCGGAGGUGAUUUCCAUCUACAACAGCACCAGGGAUUUGCUCAAGGAGAAGGCCAGCCGGAGGGCGGCCGCCUGCGAACGCGAGCGGAGCGACGAGGAGUAUUACGCCAAGGAGGUUUACAAGAUAGACAUGCCGCCCUUCUACCCCUCGGAAACUGUCUGCCCAGUUCUUACAACACCUUCUGGCUCAGUGGGCAGCUGGUGCUCCAGACAAUCCCAGGUGCUCUGUGGGUACCUUGAUGCCAUCCCGCCCACUUUCUACAGACCCUACUUCAGAAUUGUCCGAUUUGACGUCUCUGCGAUGGAGAAGAAUGCUUCCAAUUUGGUGAAAGCAGAGUUCAGAGUCUUUCGUUUACAGAACCCAAAAGCCAGAGUGCCUGAACAACGGAUCGAACUGUAUCAGAUUCUUAAAUCCAAAGAUUUAACGUCUCCAACCCAGCGCUACAUCGACAGCAAAGUCGUGAAGACCAGAGCGGAAGGGGAAUGGCUCUCCUUUGACGUGACCGACGCUGUGCAUGAAUGGCUCCACCAUAAAGACAGGAACCUGGGAUUUAAAAUAAGCUUACACUGCCCCUGCUGCACCUUUGUACCGUCUAAUAAUUACAUCAUCCCCAACAAAAGCGAAGAACUAGAAGCAAGAUUUGCAGGUAUUGAUGGCACCUCUACAUAUACCAGUGGUGAUCAGAAAACUAUAAAGUCCACUAGGAAAAAAGCCAGUGGGAAGACCCCACAUCUCCUGCUAAUGUUGUUGCCCUCCUACAGACUUGAGUUACAGCAGUCCAGCCGGCGGAAGAAGCGUGCUUUGGAUGCAGCCUAUUGCUUUAGAAACGUGCAGGAUAAUUGCUGCCUACGUCCUCUGUACAUUGAUUUCAAGAGGGACCUUGGGUGGAAAUGGAUACACGAACCCAAAGGGUACAAUGCUAACUUCUGUGCUGGGGCAUGCCCGUACCUGUGGAGUUCGGACACUCAACACAGUAGGGUUCUCAGCUUAUAUAAUACCAUAAAUCCAGAAGCAUCUGCUUCUCCUUGCUGCGUGUCCCAGGAUUUAGAACCGCUAACCAUUCUUUACUACAUUGGCAAAACACCCAAGAUUGAACAGCUUUCUAAUAUGAUUGUAAAGUCUUGCAAAUGCAGCUAAGAUCCUUGGAAAGGUGGCAAGACGAUAAUCACGCGAUGAUGAUGAUGAUGUGACACCAAAAAUGACAAUGUUUGUAACAAGAAACAUAAGAGCCUUGCUUCAUCAGUGUUAAAAAAAAAAAAAAAUUGAAAAAGCGGUACUAGUUCAAACACUUUGGAAGUUUGUGUUCUGUUUGUUAAAACUGGCAUCUGAAAAAAAACAAAAAAAAAAACACGUUGAAGGCUUUAUUCUACAUUUCGCCUACUCUGUAAGUGAAAGAGACAAGAAGCAAAACCUUUUUAUUUUAAGAAAAAAAUAAACACUGGAAGAAUUUGUUAGUGUUAAUUAUGUGAAAGAAAAACAAAACAAAACAGGAAAAUCCCGUUAAGUGGAGUUGCUGUACAUACGUUUCUAUGCCUUGCCUCACUUGAUUUUUCUGUAUUGCUAUGCAAUAGGCACCCUUCCCAUUCUUACUCUUAGAGUUAACCACGAGUUAUUUAUUGUGUGUUACUAUAAAAUGAACAUUUCAUUGCCCUUGGAAAAUAAAACAGGUGUAUAAAGUGGAGACCAAAUCCUUUGCCAGAAACUCAUGGAUGGUUUAAGGAACUUGAAUUCAAACGAGCCAGAAAAAAAGAGGUCAUAUUAAUGGGAUGAAAACCCAAGUGAGUUAUUAUAUGACCAAGCAAGUCUGCGUUAAGAUAAAGACCCUGAAAACACAUGCUAUGUACCAACUGCCUAAGGAAGCUUCUUGUUAAGUUUCAAAACGGAAAAGCCUGUUAAUAAAGGAAACUUUCAGUCAGAAUAAGUCUGUAAGAUUUUUUUUUUCUUUUUAAUUGUACAUGGUUCUUUGUCAAUGUAGUCAACCAGUGAAAUGUGGCAAUGUUUUGAUAUGUACUGGUCAAACUUCAGACCUUAAAAUAUUGUGGUAUAGUUAUGCUAUAGGUUUUUCCUUAGUUUCGCUAUAUGUAACCAUGCCUAUAUUAUUACAAUACAUGGGUAUAGAAGCCAGUAUAAUUGGAAACACAUCUGCAGAUCUUUUUUUUUUUUUUUUUGCAAACUAUUAAAUCAAAACAUUAACUACUUUAUGUGUAAUGUGUAAAUUUUUACCAUAUUUUUAAUGUUCUGUAAUAAUGUCAACUAUGAUUUAGAUUGGACUUAAAUUUGGGCUCUUUUUAAUGAUCACUAGGAAUUGUGUGUUUCCUUUCGCUGGCCAGUACUUUUGAGUAAAGCCCCUAGAUUUUUGACUUGCACUAAAAAUACAUGUUUUAUAGUAUUUGUUCCACCUGUGCGUCAUGACUUGUCCCUUAUUAUGACAUAAGCUACCUGAGCCCAUGUGUCCUUUUUUUCUUUUACAAAAAGGAUAGAUUUGAGUUCAGUUGUCUUAAUUCAUCUUCUAAGCAUCAUUACUAAUCAAUUCAAACAUUAAAAAGCUUCUAUUUUAGGAAAAUUGGGGAAUAUUAUAGACACAUAGAUAAUUGAGGUGAAAUGUAUUAGUUUUAGUAAGGGCUUAAGGAUUUGACUGAAACUCAGAAUUAUUAGUGACUGAGUUAAGAAAGGUUUCUCUCACUUGGUUUAAUCAGUAUUUUUACAGGAUACGAUUGUUACUCAAAAGCAGACAGUUCAUAGGAACCGCGUUUUUCUUUAAUCAGGUUUUUAGUGUUCGGGGGAAAGGAAAGAUUUACCUUUUAUUUGAUUUUUGGAGCGUAAGUCAUUUAGUUUAUUUCACUGAAGUUAAGGUUUCGAUAGACGUUCUUUGAAGUUUGAAAAGGCACAAGCCAAACUCUCCUAUGACCAAAAAAUUCUUUUUUUUUUCUCUGAAUGAGAGUUACUUAGAUCUGAGGCUAGAAGGUCCAUUGCUUCAAAAAAUGAUUUGCCCUAUCACUGCCGAGGAGGUGACUUUAUGUCAGGGUUUGUAGGCUGUUUCAGUUGGCAGUUUGUCAGUUGUCUCUUAUUUAGCUUCAAGAUAAAAAUUCAUAGGUCAAAGGUCAAACAAUGGAAUAUUUGCAGUUCCCCCUAAAAAGAGCAGCACCGUGAGGUGUGAACCUCAGAUGAAGUUGUUUAAUAUAACAAACUUAUUUUUUCUGGAAUUUCCUGAUCAUUCAUUAAAGUGAGGAAUUGGAUUUGCAAGUUGGAAAACUGGAAAGGCAAAAGAUGGAAUGCCACAAUAGCAAACAGCCCUUGUACUGGAUAUAACCCAAUCCCAGAUUUGAGUGUGUUGACUUUUUUGCUCUCCCACUUUUCUAUUCAUUCUAGUAAGUCUAUGUAAAUCACUUUAUUUCUGCAGGUAUGUUCCUCUCAGAUAGAAAUGACAUUUGUUUUGUACUAUUUUGUCUUUCCUCAUGAAUGCACUGAUAAUAUUUUAAAUGCUCUAUUUUAAGAUCUCUUGAAUCUGUUUUUUUUUUUUUUCAGUUUGGGGUUCUAUAAGGUCUUUAUUUUCCAUAAGUAAAUAUUGCC